UGGCGAUCGUAGUGUAGUUUGCGGAACGACAAGGCGUCAUGCGCCUCCUCCAGCGCCUGCAUCAAGCGAAUGGAACUCUUCGACAGCCAAACCUCGAUGCGCGCGCACAAGGCUCUUGUGUGCAGACUCUUUUGUGUGAAGCCCUCUCUCUGUCUCACCAACUGCCCGCGACUCCAGGCGUUGUUGCAUUCUCAGCGCACCGUGAUCUUGCGUACGUGCGAAACCAGUGGGCAAUCUGGAUGGGCAACCACAUCGCCGUUCCAAUCUCGACGUCAAGUGCCUUGCCCGAGCGCCUCCACAUUCUCAAGGACUCGGGGGCGUCGCAUGUCAUCGGGCAUCCCAACCUGGACACAACUACUCUGCCCAUUCCUUCUCUCACGUUUGAUCCAUCUUCCGCCACUCCAUCCACUGAUGAUGCUGUCCACACGCACCUCCAUGACGGCAGCGCGUUCUCGAACGAAGACGCGAUGCUGUUGUACACAAGCGGCACGACAGGAACACCCAAAGGCGUGCUGGCGACCCAGGAGAGCUUGUAUGCUCAAGUGGAUGACGUUGCGUCGGCGUGGGAGUUUUCACGUCACGACCGGUUCGUGCAUUUCUUACCUCUCCAUCACACGCAUGGAAUUGUCAACAACUUGCUCGCUCCAUUGGCCUGCGGCGCGACUGUGGACUGUUUGGCUGGAGCGUCGGCCGCGGAGAUCUGGACCAAGCUAUCGGAUGCGGACCACCCUGUGACAGUCUUGAUGGCUGUUCCAAGCAUCUACAUGCUUCUGUUGGAAGCGUUUGAUCGCAUGGACGAGGCGAGUCAAAGCAAGGCGAGAGCGGGGCUGCGACAACUUCGCGUGGCGAUUAGCGGUAGCAUGGCAUGCCCGCUGCCGAUUUUGGAACGCUGGAAGGCGUUGACGGGCCAACCUUUGCUGGAACGCUACGGCAUGACGGAAUGUGGAAUGGCGCUGGGUCAUCCGCUCCACGGCAACAAGCACAUGGGGUUUGUGGGGCAGCCAUUUCCGAGCAUUCGAGCACGUAUCGCACAGGAAACACAAGAAUUGCAAGUUCAAGGCCCAACUCUGUUCAAAGGGUAUUGGAAGCGUGAUGCGGACACAAAGAACGCAUGGACAGUCGAUGGGUGGUUCAAAACGGGCGACAUUGCCGAAUUCGACGACUCGAAAAAGAGCUACCGCAUCCUUGGCCGGGCCUCGGUCGAUAUCAUCAAGAGCGCGGGGUACAAGAUCUCGGCCCUCGAAGUCGAGCAUGUCUUUCUAAGCCAUCCCUUCGUUGUGGAAUGCGCGGUGUACGGCACGCCCCACGAUACGUGGGGUGAAAUUGUCACUGCAGUCGUCGUGCUGCGCCAUCCCCAGACACGCGAUGACAUGUCGUGGGUGCAUGAUUUCUUUCAAGGGAAACUGGCCAAGUACAAGUGGCCCCGCGUCGUCCAUGCCGUGGAAUCUAUUCCAAAAAAUGCCAUGGGAAAAGUCAACAAGAAGCGCUUGCCAGCUCUUUUGGACAACGCCAAGACAAAGCCAGCGGUGCGUACCAACAACGACAGAUUGUGAACCAUCGAAAAUGGCUCAGUUCUGGCCACUUGCGGGCCGCCGUUCGUUUGGUAAGGUAUUGAUGAAAUCGGAGAAUCUGCGUUCCUGUGGCUCUACUUUGGACGCUUGGUGGCUUCAUGUAGGCUGUAGCACAGGCUCGAGUGGCUCGAAGCCUUCGAAAUGCCCGACCGUCGCUGGAUGCAGUUUGAAGUGCAGGCUGUAAGACUUGUCCUCACUGGAAUUGAAAUCCCGUCUUUCUUGACUGCGAAUAAUGUAUGCCACACGAUAUACUGUCGCAUGUCCAACGUGUUCGUGAUUCGACGCCGGCAUGAACGUUUCCAUGCCGGAAUGUCUGGGAAUGAAAGCCCACUCAAGGUGUGCGAUCACUCCUCCACGAAGCAGUUCCAUUGCCAUGAGGGUACAGGAUCAAGGCACCAACGACUAGUGCUUCGCAAAUGGCAGUACAUCGCAUUGAAAC